AGGAGGGAGCACGCUUGGCCCAUCAGACACAGACACAGGCGCACGCGCACGCACACACAGGCAGGCGCAUCCGCUCCAAGUCGGCGUGGGUUGCUGCACCCGGGCAGAAGCAACGAGGCCGCAGACAAGUGCGAAGUGAGGGCAGCUUCGCUGGACAGCGUCGUGGAGAGAGGGGGGGGAGAGCGCACGCUGUACUCGCGAGCGGCAAAUGUCCAAUUUACACGCGAGAGUUUCACCAUAGACACUGCGCGGAACAUUUGUCGCGAGCUAAUGAAGACAGCGGUCGCGUUACACGGAGCCAAGGACGAGGACAGCGUCGGUGACGGAGGAGUGACGAGACGCCCCAACCACAGAUGGGGAACUUUAGAAUCAACAGCAUCGCGUUACAUCGGCUCUCAAAGACUUCGUCUCGUGAAGCCGGAGCAUUUUAAUUGAAGCUGCAGGCGCAACAUCUGGCACGAAGCUAUGGCGAGCACGCCGUGGAUAUUCAUCCUCCUGCUCGUCGGCUUCCAGCCGAUGGAGAUUUUGGCGAGCGGCACGGCUGGGGAGGUCAUAAAGACGCCGCCCUCACCGACGCCGCGGCCCCCUGCCAAGCACCUCAACACGCAUCGGAUUUCCAAGAUGCAGUACGAGUGCAACAAGAGGAUGCUGCUGGAGCCGCCCUACACUGGCAUGGGGAAACACUGCAACCGCACGUGGGACGGCUGGCUUUGCUGGGGAGACACCAUGGCAGGGGAUGUUGCCGUGCAGCACUGCCCCGACUACUUCCCCGACUUCGAUCUGCAAGAGAAAGUCACAAAGAUUUGCAACACGGAUGGACAAUGGUUCCGUCACCCCGACAGCAACAGGACUUGGUCCAACUACACGCUGUGCAAUGCAUUCACCGCUGACAAGCUGAAGAUGGCGGUGAACCUGUUCUACCUGGCGGUGACCGGCCACGGAAUCUCCAUCCUCGUGCUCCUCGUCUCCCUCGUCAUAUUCUUCUACUUCAAAAGUCUCAGCUGCCAGAGGAUCACGCUUCACAAGAACCUCUUCAUGUCCUACAUCCUCAACUCCAUCAUCACCAUCAUUCAGCUCACGGCAGUGGCCAACAAUCAGGAGCUGGUGGCCAGCAAGCCGGUCUGGUGCAAAGUGCUGCAGUUCUUCCACCAGUACAUGAUGGGCUGCAACUACUUCUGGAUGCUGUGCGAGGGCAUUUACCUGCACACGCUCAUCGUGGUGGCCGUCUUUGCCGAGAAGCAGCACCUGUUCUGGUACUACCUGCUCGGCUGGGGUUUCCCCAUCGUCCCCGCUCUGAUGCACGCCGUCGCACGCACCAUCUACUACGACGACAACUGCUGGAUCAGCUCUGCCACUCACCUCCUCUACAUCAUCCACGGGCCCGUCGUGGCCGCACUGCUGGUGAACCUAUUCUUCCUGCUGAACAUCGUGCGCGUGCUGGUGACCAAGCUGAAGGUGACGCACCGCGCCGAGACGAGCAUGUACAUGAAGGCGGUGCGCGCCACCCUCAUCCUCGUGCCGCUGCUCGGCAUCCAGUUCGUGCUCGUGCCCUGGAAGCCGGAGCGGUUCGUGGGAGAAAUCUACGACUACAUCAUGCACGUGCUCAUGCACUACCAGGGAUUUCUGGUGGCAACGAUAUUCUGCUUCUGCAACGGCGAGGUGCAAGCGGCGCUGAAGAGGUAUUGGAUCCUGUACAUGCUGCGCAUGGGGCACGAGCGCAGGGAUCAAUACUUUAUGGCAUCCACGUCCUACACGGCCUCCGUCACCGAGCUGCCGUGCCCCAACGGCGGCGAGCACCACGGCAGGAUGACCAGCAGCGAUGCGGCAGCGAACGCUUUCAAAUUGGAGGAGAUGUACACCUAGCGGACGCGAGCGCGGCGGGGUGGGUGGGGAGGUCGAUUCUUCGAGCCGCUCGGCUCCUCUCGUGCGGAAAACGCCGCCGCCGCAGCCGCAGCAGCCGCCGCGCGAGCCGGUGACCUCGCGCGCGUAUCUGGACGCGUGGCCUCUAUCUCUGCUCAGGCGACGCGUGGACAAGUCCGCUUCGGCGCGGUGGACUGGCCGCUGGGCCAGGAAGGGAGAACAACUCGAGGCGUCGAGCGACUUCCGCAGAGCGUUCCCGCUCGAAACUGGGGGGAGGCGGGGACCGGGUGCGUGACGGUGCGCAGAUGUUAUCUCUUCACGGGGCGGCACCCCCCCCCCACAUCCCCGAGGUAGAGGGGGUCAGAACGCUUGCGCUACGGUCGGCUACAUGCGCCGCUUCGUGUCGAGCAGCCCAGAACGGCAGCUCCUGCAGGACCCCCUCGCUGCGAACCAGGCCGGUGGAGGCGACGCAGCAAUCGACUCGGCAAACACCGAAAUGCGUGCGUGCGUUGCAAGUGCUCAAAAGUGAUUGCCGCAAGUCAUAACGAAAUCAACGCACACGCGUUGGCCGGCUGCAGGUGGCGCGUCCCAAAUCUGCCCGGGCCGCGCCGCCCAUCGCUGCCCGCGAGGAACCCCCACACGACGCGAGGUGACCGCACCUGAGUGGGCAAGGAGAGAGGAGUGAAGGUGACCGUGCGUGCGUGCGCGCGGUUGCCGGAGAUGUGCGACAUAAACGGCUGUGGAGGACAUUAUACGCGCCCCAUAAAACUUAAAGCGCAAUCCACAACUCUGCUAAGCACCAGCCUAAUGAUGUAUAGUCUCCGCUUGAACAGCUCCAGACUUCUCGAACGCCCGUGACGUUAUUUUAUCCACGUGGGGCCAUAUUUUUUUUAUAGCGCCACGGCUUUUCAUUUAAAACGUGUCGGUGUGUGUGUGUGUGUGAUUUUUUUUUCUUUUAUAACACUAUGUGUGAACUCGCCAGGUGGAGAUAUUAAAUCCAUUACGAAGCAGAUAGCCGAGGGUGAACACGAACGAGCGUGACUUCCACGCUCCUUAUACCGGCGUUUUUAAGCCCGAGCAGGCUGCAAUGUCUGUGCCGAUGAGACACGUGGUCGUGAAGAGACGGGAUAAUUUACUCAAGCUAAACUAUUUAUUUUUAUUUAAUCAGAUAGGGCCCACUGAGCUGUAGAGCUCUUUUUUCAGAAGCGACCUGGCCACAAAUGAUAGCUCAACGAAGUGGCUUAUCGCGUGGAAAUCUAUAGCAGCCAAAUACUCAGAAGCACAAGCUUCAGUGGCACGUCACUUUGCGUUGAGUACAAAGAAGUCGAUCAUUCGUGAUCAGGGGCUGCAAGCUACGCGACAUCAACGGCUCUGUCCGUGACAACAUCUUGACCGUCGUUUAAGUUAAUCGUCUAGAUAAUGGUUAAUGAGACGCUAAAGUAGCCUCUCCGUGCAAAUAUCCACACCGCUUGUUAUGAAGGGAAUGGAGGGCUUCCGAGAGGAUAUCCUCCCGACACGAUGGCGCGAUAAGAUGAGGUCACGUGCAGGAGCUAGGUGGAUUAUUACAUCACACGACCACCUAAAGGAUGGCGGUGGCUUGGGGAGGCCUCGUCCAGCAGUGAAAUGACCAUGGCUGACGAAUUGUGACGGCUUGUUGAAAUAUAUAUAUACUUGCAGGCUCAUCUAAACACCAAAGGCAGAGCCAACAUGGCACCGUAAAGAUAUUUUUAAGAGCAGCAGUGGCUACAAGCGACGUCUAUCAAAUACCACUUUUCCACUUGCACAUUCGAGCCGUGCUGGUGCCGUGCCAAGCCAGCGUGGCACAGGUCAGGAAGCACUGGUUGCAUUUCUACUGCACGAGCCGAGGCGUGCCUCUUGACGUCACACUAAUCGCACGCGUCAAUAGCCUCGCCCCAGCACGGCUUGGUGCAUGAGCCAUAUUCAGACGUUGUCUUGUGAGGCCAGCGUAGCACGGUUCAGUUCCAGGUCAGCUCGGUAAAAUUCCAGUGGAAAACAACCUGGAACCGUGCUGGGCCCAUCCUGGCAUGGCUCACUUGUACAAGUGGAAAUGGGGUAAAAGUGAAUACUGUCUGUAUUAAACGCAGCGGGCCAGAAUCCAGGUACUCGUUUGAGGCGGGCUCGCCGUGCCGCGGGUUAUUUCGAGUGGUCGUGGUUUCAGUGGAAAGUGCAGUUAACAAAGCGUGUUCUUAAGACCCCAUGUCAUAUCACAUGCGUCACGUAAGUGACAGCGGCACUUAGGCAAACCGGCAUUGACACUCACAACUAGCGUGUGCGGGGUGCAUCGGCCGCAUUGUUAUUUCGUGCCUCUCCGCACGAGUGCUCUGUCAAUAGACGUCAUUGAGAAACGCUCAUUAACCGGUGCAGUGGUUUCGUCCUUCUGUUGUCGUUCUUUAAAUUGUAAAAAAAUAUAUAUAUAAAUCGCAUCUUAUGCCUUAAAAAUUUUAGAAUUAUUUUUACAAAAAAUAUUGUAAGAAAAAUAUUGAAAGGUUUCGAAGAAUUUUGGGGGGGGGGGGAAAUAUUAUAUCAAGAUUCACACGCGUUGCGGUGUUCCUUUGGAUACAAGCAAGCCAACAACAACAUCAAGAGCACACACGCGUUGAACGUGGCACACCCUCCGAGCAGACACAAAGCAACCGAACGGCGCAUUUCCACCUUCAAACUCGUCAGCGAGUCGAAGCGACGCAGCACACAACCUCGUUUACUGGAAAGCGCGUCCGAGGUGCCACGGCACGAAUGACUCCCACCCCACCCCUAACCACCUCCUCCACCGCAAGCACAAAAGCCGCGUCUCUUCCCCCCCUCCUCCUCCCACUCCAGCCCUGUCACCGCGGCUGACCUGUCCGCAAAAGAGCUGCAGUUCAGCCCGGCACCCGACGAUUUAAAAAAAAGAACCCUUCCUGUGCUCUGGGUGGAUGCAUAACAAUGCCUGAUGGGUGUGUGGGUGGUGGUGGUAGUGGGGUUACUCACCACACUAAUGGCCGGUGCUGGUUGGUGAAUGGCUCAGCGCAGCAAUGGAUAUUGUUGCGUUUGUGCUCUGCUGCAGCUGCCUUCCAACCCCCGGUGUGCUAGUCUCACGACACACGCAUUGCAUGGUGCGUGUGAGAAUCCAUUUGGUACGAUUCGUGCAAAUUGCAUGCUAAUGCUGCAUUCAGGAUAAUGGUGUGAAAUAAAAAAAACACAUAUACGUAUAAAACCGAACAAGAAACAAUCUAAAUGAGCGGGCAAAAAAUGUUGACAAAAAUACAUUCUUGAAUGGAGACCUCAAAUCGCUGGGAGGGUGAAUGACAGCUGGUGAGCUCUGGCUCGAAGUUUCUUUCCAUUUUCGCUUUGAAACCUUUGCCCCACUUUCUAAGUGUACGCGAUUUCCAGAUUAGGCCCUUUCGCGGCACUCAUUUUGUUUUCUUCCCCUUGUGAACGCUCCAUAGACUCGCUCACUCGGCAGGGCUCGCAGUGUUGUAAUCUCAAGCACAUCCGGUAAUUUCAAGAGAUUUACCGACAACAGCGACGCUAAAUGUGCGUGGUGCGAAUGCUUGAAAGGGGGACGGGGGGGAUUACUCCUUUCAAAUGAAGGAGGCUCUUCUGCCGUGCGUACGGAGUGAUAUAUGAACGCGCCGUAAAAUCGUGUAAACUGUUUCUCUGAAACGGUACUCCGGAUUUGGGAGACGACGUUUUUGGAGCGUUUCUGGACCGCGUGGUUGUCUGGGCGAAACGGAGAAGUGACGACGUCACCACAUGCCCGCUCACGUUCGAUGCGCUCCCACCAACGCGACGUGGGUGGACGACUUGAUUUUGAAACUCUCAACAUUGGUACGUCUACCGUAUGGACUUGUGGUCGAUUUACACAAACGUCUCGAUGCGCCGCUAGACAAAAAAACGUAUGGCAAGAUCUGCUUAGACGUUACGGGAAUGAAUUAGUAAAUCCCACUGUUCCAACAUUUCAUUGUUUUUAUUUUAGUUUUGGUAUUUUUUUACCCUAAAUUUCCCUUCCCUGGAAAAACAGAGACGGCUACUCAUACGGUGCAGAAACUACUCACGAGACGGGAGCAUUCAUCACAACUGUCCUCAGAGCGAAAAACGCAUUUCUUAGAACUCAUUAACUCUGCGAGUAAUGGCUUUCUUAAGUGACCAUUACGUAUUACAUUUUAAGCGAUAACAGAAAAAAACACAAAACAUAUUAUAACAUUGCGCCAAAUUAAAUAAACACGUAACUUUUUCAACUGAGUGGCUGCAUGUGCGAGCCAGGUCCUUGUUGUGUGCGCAGCAAGUGUUGUUGUCAAGAGCUGCAGGAAGACAAUUUCAUUCCCCUUUGUGCGAGUGUCAUAUCGCCCAGGGGCUCGGCGGAAGGUUGCGAGUUCAAAUCCUGAAUGGAGGUUGAGACAGCUCAUCAUCCCUGCAGUGUUUGAUAAUAAUAAUUAAAAAAAGAGUACAAUUUUGCAGGGAGCGAGUCCUAUGGGUAGACUUUCCCCUGCCAUAGGAAUGUUGAAUUUCCACUGUUGACUCCGGACUUGUAAACGGUCAUUUGAACAGGAAGUCACUUUGAUUUGACCUGGGAUAUUUAUGAGCAGGACACCGGAAAAAAGCACGCAUGGGAUGCUUGGUGAAGGCUGCAAUACUGAAAAUUAUCGUUUGCAAUCGCUACGGAGGGUUCCUUCCUGGACUCGGAGCGCUUGCUGGACUCAGAGAUGUAUCUACACUAGACGUGGCCCGGGGUUCGUUUUGCCAAUGUGUGUGCAGAACCGUACUGUAAAGUAUUGACGCAGUAAUGUAUUUUCCUGAUAAACGUCCGUGCAGUGAAUUCAAAACACGCGUAUUUUUGUUUGCAUAUCAAGGAUAAUUAUUGCGAUGAAUAUUUUCAAUUAAAUAUCUGUCGGCGAUGAAACUCAUGAAAUAUGCAUCGCCCGUGUGUGUGUACAUUCCUGCUGAACAAAUAAAGGCUCUCAUCCCCGUG